GUUUGGUGGCAGCCAUUACCUAACGAUAUCGUGUCGUCUACGUUUCUUCUUAUUCUUCUAUGAUACGUUGAUGCAUAAACUGUAAUAUAAAUAUUAUCUUUUUGAUUUUUUUAAAAACCAAUACAUACUUAYUCGUUAUCGUCUAUCGGAUAGAAUAUAAGAAUAUAUCAAAAAUGUCCAUCAGCAAGGUUCUAAGCAAGUUCGUGUUCCAGUUUUUCAAUCUGUUUUGUUUCAUAUCAGGCAUCGGUAUUUUGUGGAUCGCGUACUUCAUGGACAAAAAGUUGUACAAAUGGUCAGGGUUUGUUGAUUCGGAACUGACCACAGUGCCUCAAGUACUGACCGCCGUUGGUCUCGCUCUUCUAGUCAUUGCCAUCGUCGUCAUCUGUAUGUGUGGUACACUCAAAAACAUAAAAUAUCGAUUACUUCUGGUGUCUAUGCUGCUCGCAAUCCUCUUGAUUGGAGAAUUUCUAUUGGGUGGUGUUGUUUAUCAUAUGCGUAGUGACAUGGAACAUUAUGCUUUGAAACAAAUGGAAUACACGAUCAGCGCGUACAAUAAAACGGAACACGAAGCCACUAGACAGUCCUGGAAUGUAUUACAAUCUAAUAUCGAAUGUUGCGGAAUUGAAGGACCAAAAGAUUGGAAAUCGGUUACGGGCACCGGUGAAUUGCCUGCGUCUUGUUGUUACGCAAUCCAAAUCGAUCAAUCUUGCACGGAAAUCAAUUCGUACACAAUCGGCUGCUUUGAAAAGUUCAAGACCAAUCUUCAGCAAAAUAGCCAAAUAAUAUUUUGGUCCGCUAUAGGAUUCGCUUUAAUUCAGAUAUUUGCCGUAUUUUUAGCAUUUUAUUGCAAGUGUUCAAUUGUUCAUGAUGAAGAGUAUGAAAAAAUAUGAUGUUUUUAUCGGUACCUACUACCAAAAAUAAUAUUAUAUUUUAUAAUAUGAUAUGUACAACUGAACUUUUUGUAAUAUUGAAACAAUAUUUACCUAUUACACUUAAUUAUUCUCACUAUCGUCUCAUUUGCCUAGCAAUAAUUAAUUAUUUAUACGGAAUAA